CGUAAUUGUUAAAAACAUUUUAAGCGUAUGCAAAAGUUACCGAAAAAGAAUGCAUAAUCCUGAAAAUGAUUUAGAAGUAAAUAAUCCAAGAAAAUCAUCACUCUGUUCACGUGUUAGUAAUGUGUUUAAUUAUACGACGAUUUUAAAUACGAUAAUCACAAUUUUAGGAAUUACAAUUUUAAUAAUUGUUGUACUUUUAAGUAAAGACUAUAUUAAAUCAAUUUUAAUACGUAUUGAAAAACAAGAUCCACUAGUAAUCUUUUUAAUAUACAUUGUUUUAUUUAUUAUCGUAUCCUUUCCAGUAGUUAUUGGAUACCUAUUUUUAAUAAUAUCAUGUGGAUAUCUAUUAGGUUUAUUGCAUGGAUUAUUUACAAUAGUAAUUGCAGUUAAUAUCGGUGUAUUUGUUGCCCACAAUGUAAUAAGACUUAUACAUAAAUAUUUUCAUAUACGUUAUAUAGAAAAUAAUGAGGUAGCACGAGCUAUUUUAAAAAUUUUAUCAGGACCGCAAGCGUUCAAAGUGGUUUUGUGUACAAGACUUACGCCAAUACCAUUUGGUUUACAAAAUACAAUUUUUGCGCUUAGUUCUGUGUCAUGGAAACGUUACCAUAUCGCAACUGCUUUAGGGUUACUACCAGCGCAAUUAAUCAACGUAUAUUUAGGUUCAACUUUAAGGUCCAUGCACGACGUAAUCGACAAUCAUGCAAUUUCACCAUUGGGCUACACGAUUUUUGCUGCUCAAAUAAUUAUUGGUAUAUCAGUAAUGAUGUGGGUUUUGUGUAAAGCAAGAUUAGAACUAACGCGUGCAUUAGAAGAUGUGGAAAAUGGACAUAACAACACAUUAGCCACAUCGGAUUCUUCAGAUCUUGGUAGCCAUAGUUAUAUAUUGGCGUGAUUCUUUUUUAAAAUCUCAAUAAACUGGGUGAGUUUUGUGUCGAAAUGUAAUAACCAAAAUAAUUAUUUGUAUAUAUUAUAGUUUAUACUAAUAAGUGUAAAAAAAUACGUGAUCAAAGGA